AUUAGACAAAUGAGGAAAUAGAAGGGUAAUUUAUAAAAAAACAAAUGAGGCUACAUUUUAAAAUCAUUAAAAAUUAAAACAAGUGAAUUAAAAUGAAAGUUUUAAAUGAGUGGUUUAUUGAAGUUGAAUGGGGUAAAGUUGCAUUAAUAUCCUGGGGAAAUCCGAGAGGCCAACCGGUGCUAUUUGUGCAUGGACGCCAAGAUAGUGCAGCUACAUUUCUGCCGUUACUGGAACUGCUGUCUGAUGAUUAUUACUAUGUUGCAUUUGAUAUGCCUGGACAUGGAAAAUCAGACACAUGGCCCAUAGGAAUACCGUUGUCAAGAUCUAUUGGUAUUUUUGUCAUUGAUAAAAUAAUUAGACACUUGGGAUGGACUAAGUUUAUAUAUAUUGGACAUUCCAUGGGCGCUGGACAAGGAUUGUUCUAUACCGCCAUAUAUCCAGGAAAUAUAACGAAAAUGAUCCUUCUCGACACCGACCCGGCUCUAUACUACUUGGUCAGAGACGACUUUACAGAAUUCUAUUCGGUCUACGAUGAUUUCUAUACCAACUAUGCGAAAUAUAACAGUGAUGACCGUGUGUACACCAAGUCUGGGGUCUUGAAAGCUGUGAUGAGGGCUCGGGGGAUGACGGAGGAACAGGCUGAAAUUAUACUCUCAAGGAAUCUGAAGAAGAUUGGAGAAGAUCAAUAUAAAUUACUAUGGGACAGACGGAUGAAAAUUUUAGCACCGAUGAACUAUUCAUUGGACUAUUGUUAUAAAUUGAUCUCAAAGAAUUGUCCACCGAUCUUAUACAUCGUCGCUAAUCAAAGUUUUGCUGACUAUCACUCAAAGGAAAAAGUUAUUGUGGGUGAACUAAUAUCGAAAUUGGAAAGAAGUGUUAAAAACUUCACAAUUUUGAAUGUAGAAGGCACUCAUGACGUACAUUUCAUUCAUCCAGAGCGCAUCAGUGACCAUGUGCGUCGGUUUUUAGAAAGAGACGAAGUGAAAAGCAAAUUAUAAUUGAUAUAGCGUCGUCCCGCUUUCGCAUGCAAAUAGCCCCAGUUGGCAAAUUUUCUUCUUCAACAAUCAUUGUUAUAUUUCAACUCACACAAAACUCUUAUGAAUUAAACGUACCAAAACCUCAUGAAUGACUCCGUCCAUUAAAUAUGAAAAUCUGGUACUUUUCGAGUUUAUCGCGUUCAGAUAGACAGACUGACUGACAAAUAGCGGGGGCACUUGGUUUUAUAUUGUGAACUUGCUAAUGAUCCUCGUGACUUCAACGAGGGUCAUGCCUGAAUAUCAGCGCCAGUCGAUGUAUUGAGCUGAGGCAGUGCGGUUCAGUUCAGAUUAUAUGAAAUAAAGCGUCUGAGUCUCGGAAAUCCUUGAUUCUAUUUGAUUUUGGUUUCCUUUUCUGUUCCCUAGGAGUUAUGGUACCAUAUGCGUUCUACGUGUUGUACUAUAGUUACUUUUUCAGUUUGGUGUUUCGCUGAUUAACACAGUGGUCCUAUACAAUAAAUAUACCGUACAAUACAGAUACAGUACAAUAAAGACUAAAUAUAAUGUAAAUAUUUGCAUAUUUGUUUUGUCCCGAAGUUAAAUGACAUUACUACUCCGUAUUUUAUACAGUGUGAUUCAUCGCACAAUACAAGACUAACAACUUUUAAG